CCCUCUUUCCAGUUCCAGUUUUUAACAAGAGUGAGCAAUUUCGAGCGCGGGAAGCGGAUUCGUGAUAAUCGUGUUAAACGGCAACUUCUAUUCAGUGCGCACAAAUAACGGCUAUUGAUUAAGCUGGGCCAAGCGAUUAGUGCAUGCAAUUAAGUGGAAUUCAAAACCCAAAACCCCAAAAAGCGCCAUCGAAAAGCAACAACACACAGGGCCGUCGUGCAUGUGUGUGUGUGGUACAGUUGGGUAGAAAAACAUCGCCAUCGCGGGUUGCCACCUGGGUUGGCCAUUAUUGCCACCACUUUUGCUUUGCUGCUCCGCUACUGCAGUUCAGUUCGGUUGUUGUGGUGCAUCUUUGCGAGUUUUAAUUUUGCGCCUUUCUUUGCCUUGCCUACAAAAAGAACCUUCAACCAUUACAACUCGACACUCCAAAGUCAGUUGCCAAUUAAGUGUGGCCGUCAUCGCCGGAGAGCCAGCGUUGCAGCGAGAGAACAAAAAAGAAAAGAGAGCGCGGCGUUGUGAAAGUGCCAGCAAAAAGACUGUUUAAAGGCAAAAACAAACGCCUGAGAAAAUGUAAAGUGAUUUACAAAGCUACCCAUGAAAGAUGCGAGCUGGAAAAAAACAGGAAGCAGAAAGCAUAAAAACACGUCCUUGCAUCGUCUACGUGAAAAAUCUGCACGAGGAGGUUUCGCGUUCGCGAGGAGCAACGCCAGGCGGCAGACUGAGGAAGAGAGAUCACCAGCGGGAUUCGCAGCAGGAGCUGCGAGAGACCCGCACAAGUCGUCGCUCUGUGGUUCAGGAAAAGCCCACACCGCGUUCUAGGCACGCCGUGAAGCCAACGGCAUCGCCAUCGCCACCGGCACGUCCCAAAAUCGUUAGGGAGGCGACUAAGGAGCAAUCCACCAAUCUGGCCAAGCGACGCAAUACCCUGCUGAUGGGUGGUGGGCAACCCCAAGGCGGCAGUCACCACAAGCUGGGUCUGCUCAAGGCACAGCCACGGCGCUCCACUCCAGCGGAGUCGCCGAAGAUGUACAAGCAGUCGACGAACAAACAUGUAUCCGUGAGUCCACCGCCAACCAUAGCGGCUAGUCGAUCCAGGCGCUCUAUCAAGCCGAAUCCCAAAUACGCUAGCGAUGAUAUAGUCACGCCAAAGUACAUGGCCACAUUGGGCGAAGGCAGUGGGCAGUCAAUGACUGGACGUCAUGGCAGGCAGGUCAAGCUGUUUGAAGACAACGACGACAUCAGCGAUCUACUGGAUUUGGACGAGGACGAUGAUGAUGAGUUAGCCGACGCCGCGUUCAAUCCGCAAUUGCACAAGUCUGACGAAGAUGACGACGAUGAUGAGGAUGAGGACAUGAGCGAGGCAGAGUACGAACAGGAGCUGCGUCGCAAGCUACCGCCUGUUAAGCGUGGACGUGGACGUCCCCCGAAGAUUAAUAAUGCAAAUGUCGGCAUGCACAGCGCGGGAAACCUGACUUCCAGUGGGUCAACCGCGAAAAUAGCAAUAAAUUCGGCCGGUGGGCGCAAUGCACCCAGCAGUUUGCAGCAGUUACGUCGCACCAUGGCCGUAAAUAUGGCCAGAAGCAAUGCCAGCAUGACCGAGGGAUCGGGUUCCGGGUCAGCCACCGCUAAACGCAAACUGGAGGCCAGCGACAGCGAGAGUCCUGUGGCUCGCAAGCGUAUGGUAAUUUCCUCGACCAGUGGCACCCAGCAGCGCGGCGUUCCCGUAGUGAAUGGCGCCACCACCAAAUCGAGCACGCUUAGUGCGAGACCCAAGGUGGGUCAGGCGGGAAGUGGUUCAGCCAGGAUGCUACCACAGCGGCCGGGCAGUAGUUACAAGGUGAACUCAAACUCUAAUGCGGUAAACUCCACUCCUAUAACGCGCCCGACAAUCGAAAGAGCCUCUAAUAACGAUGCGAAAAAUGAGUCUGAGACCGACGAUGUUCCCACAUUUACUAUUGUCAACAUCGAUGACAUUAUUAAUCAGGACGAUGUGCUCAUUACCAGAUCACACAGUGCUGUUGCCGGUUCAUCAGGUGGUUAUCCCAGCAAAAAGCUUGCUGUGGGCAGGCCCCGUACUAGAAAUAUCCCCUCUAGCAAUUCGGGGGCUGGUGAGAAGAAAUCCAUCACUGUCAACUCGGAGAAAACCAUUCACACUGCUUCAAGUAACAGCAUAGCUAAUCAGGCCAAACGCAUCAAGAUCCUGGCCAGCAACAGCAGUGUAAACACCAAAUUGGGACCCGUGCAUAUCCAAUGUCAAAGUCAAAUCCAAACCCAACCCAAGCCCAGGCCGAGGAUACUAAAUUCGGAAAUGGGCAAGAAGACGCAAUCAAUGAAGCCACUAAUGAGCAUGGGCAAGGAGUUGUGUCCCACGGAUGUAGACACCGAAGAGGACGACCCGGACCCAGAUCUGGACUUUGAUGACGAUGAGAUACCGGCAUCGAUUGUGACCCGAAAGAAUCCGAAACAGACAGCGACCCCAGCAGCUUCUGCUGCAGGAGGAGGGCCAACAACAGCAAUCAACAAGUGGAACAACAAGCGGCGAAAUGUGCUGUCCACGACGGCUUCUACCGUAAAUGCUCGUGCGGACAGAAAGUUGACCAAACUGUUGGGGGAUGUCGAUGAUCAGCCGGUCUUCAAGAAGCCAAGCUUGAGUCCGCAAAGCAGGAGUAAAGAAAACCAGCAUCUUCAACAGGAGCAGCGCGACAAGGAAGAGAUAGCGCAAAAGGUGUCACCAGCGGUUAGUGGAGGAUCAGAGGAUACCAGCAAUCCCCAAUACUUUCCGCCCGAGACCACCACUUUUUGCGAGGAGGAUGGGCGCGUGGUAAAAAAGAUCACCUGCUACGAAAAUUGGCACGUGAUCAACACGUCCAAGGAGUCACCUAAUAAGGCGACACGCCAUCAGCGCACCUGCCUGGAGCUGGCGCUGGUCAAGCUGGCUAAUGUCGCAUCCAGGAUAAGGUUGCCUUCAGGCAAAUGGACCACCAAGGUGACCCUAUACAAAGUGUCGCCUUCGCUUAUGACCCGCCAGACAAUGACUAUCUAUACGGGCGAUCUCAAGGCGUAUAACAUACCCGAGGAGGACCGGCACAAGUACCAGCCGUCAUGCGUGCUCUUCCGCCGUGUCGUAAUGGACAGAAAUAAGUCCCGAGUGCCCUAUGACCGGGCCAUUAUCUUUAAGAACAAGUGUUUUUAUGCAAACAUCGAUGGCAAGCAUGUGAAUCUAAUAGGCGCCCCCGAAACGGUGACCACUAUCAAGGAUGUGGAGAUCCUGCUGGACAUUGUCGACCGUCUUUCGCUCAGCAGUAUCCUGGUGGAGACGGUCAAUACCAAGUGAGAUGUAGAUCAGAUCUUGGACCCACUAGGAACACGUAUCACAUUGUAAAAAAUAAUUCACGCACCCCACACAAAAACGGACACUCGAUAAUUUGUUUUAUGCAGUAGCAAACCGAUACUAUAAACGUUUUUUUUUUGUAAAACCAUUAACUUAGUUGUAAUAGUUAGUCUAGCGUAAUUAUAUAUAUAUAUCGUAUAUCGUAAACAGCAUACGGACAUGCAUAAAUACAGACGGGAGGUGUAUCUAUGUACUAUAUACUAAACAUUUAAACUGAUUAUGUCGCAGAAUUAUAUGAAAGUGAGACGUUUGGCUGAGGUAACAAUUCUGAUUUUAAUUUUAAUGUCUAAAAAGGCGUUGGCGCCCCAAAAGACUUCCCCCUUAAAGAAUAACAGAUCGAAAACUUUUUUAAACGGCAAUUAUGUAAAUCGUAGUUCAUUUAUAUAUGUAAACCAGGGCGUACACAUGUGUGUUUACGCUAAACUUGAGGAAUAGCUUUUAAGUCGAGUGUAUAUUUAAUUGAAAUCCCCUUUCAAGAAUACAAAUAAAAGAGAAAACUGAUUUAAAUAA